AUGUUCUGUAGUAUGGAGCAGGACUUAGGAGCGUUUCAGGAACAAGUUGUCACUAAAACUUCUCCAUGUGAAGCUGAACUUCAGGAGUUAGUGCAUCAAAUUGACAUUAUGGUAAACAGCAAGAAAAUGGAAUGGGAAAAGAAGAUGAAAGCAUUAGAAACAAAGAUAUAUAUCCAGGAUCAAGAAUUAGCAAGUACCAAAAUAAAACUGGAUCAAAAAGGUCAAGAGGUGGGACUACUUCAACAGAAACUGGAAGAUUUACAGAAAACUAAAUAUGAAAUGGCUCAAAAUUAUGAAACUCAGCUUCAAGCACUGAAAUCUCAAUUUUCAAAGUUGACACAUAGUUACAAAAAGCUGAAGGCAUAUCAGUUAAAACAAACAAUGGCUGAAAGUAGAGAAAAAUGUGAGGAAAGUCUAGAGACACCAUCUGAACGGAGAAAUUUGUCCAAGAAACUGGAGGAAUUUAAGGCAAAAUCAAAAGAAUUGGAUAAGAAGGGAACAAUCUGCCAAAAAUAUCACCUUUAUUUAGAUGAUCAACGAAAAUCAUUAUCUGAGAAAUGUAAUUUAUUUCAGAAGCAGAUUCCUAACCAUCAAUUCGAAAUAAGCAAUAAGAAACAAACACAAGAAGAGAGAGUUACCUAUGGCCAGCCUGAAAGCAAAAUGGAUGAGUUGAUUAUUGAAAAGCUAAAGGCAACUGUGAAUGAAAUAGUAAUAAACAAGGAUAAACUAGAAGAGGAAAAUCUGAAACUCCAGGAGGAUCUGAAAAUGUACCAAAACCAGUGCCAGAGCAUGGAGGCAGGCUUUUCAGAAAUAAGAAAUGAGCUGCAGUCAAGGGAUGCCCUCUGGAGAAGGAUACAACUGGAAUGCCAACAGUUGCAUAUGGAAUUAUCAAAAAUCAGAGAGUAUAAAGAUAUGCAGGAAAUUCAAAUCAAGCAUCAGUCAUCUUGUCCACAGCUUACUGAGCAAGAAGGAAAUACAAAUACUGAGUUAUUACUAUUGACACAAAGUCAGCAACACCAGCGAGAAGAGCUAAACAAGAUAAGAAACCAUCUUUAUCGAGAGGAGCAGUCCCAUUGCUCUGAGCAGGAUAGAAUGAAGACUGAAAUCUCUGACCUGACAGAAGAGCUUCAUCAGAAGGAGAUCACUAUAGCAACUAUCAUGGAGAAAGCUAGUCUUCUGGAAAGACAGUUAAAAAUGGAGUUAGAGAUAAAAAACAAAUUGUUAGCAAAACAACAGUUGUUGGAUUUCCAAUACGAAGCUAGGAGAUCUGGAAACACACAUCGAAAAGAGAUGAUGGAAAACCAGGGGUGUAAAAGUUGCAUGCAUAUGGAUUUAUCUAACAAAGAACAUGGAAAUGUCACACCUUCCAUUCACAAACAGGAACAUGAGAGUGUAAGACUACAAAAUAGUCUUAUUGAACUACAAAAUGACACAGAAACAUCGGUACUGGCUUGCAUGGAUACAUACAGAGAAACAAAGCACAGCUACAAAACCCAUUCAAAGAUGCAAGAAAAGGAGGAGAGAACUCUCCGAAAGAAAGAUGCAUGGAAAAUUGAACAUCAACAGAUUGCUAUGUUCACAGCCUGCGGAUGCCACAGAAACUGUAGUCCUGCUUCAUAUGGCCAAGGCAAUAUCACUGGUUCUAAAAGUGAUAGCGCUUUUCCUUCUUGUGCACUUGACAGAGGUUAUGAAAAGAAAACUGGUGAUAAAUCUCCAUCACUACCAAUGGGGUAUCCUUUGGGCUUCGGUGGGCCGUUUCCUGAGAAGGGCAGUACAGGUACCUUACUGAGCCCUGUUUACGAUGCUGAAGAAAUCAAAUUAUCUUCUCCUUCUGAGAUGUCCUUCCUUGCUACAACAGAAAAAUUUCUUCAAGAGGAAGAGAGACAUACAAGAGAGUUUGAAGAACGUUUAAAUUUGCACCUUGAAGAGCUGCAAAUAUAUUCUGAAAAUACUCUAAAAAAAUACGCCAGGACACAGCAAAGCAGGAGCACUUAAGCCAGUCACAAUUCAGGAAAUAAAACCGAGUAAUCACCCGUGAGUUUCUUAGAACUAAACUCUGCAUCUAACUGCUCAAUGUAUUUAGGCACAUUGCAAAUAGCAUGCAUUUUUAACACUAAGGCUUCAACAAGAUAAUCAUUAUCCUACAGAUUUAGGUAUAUUGCAACUUGACUAUAUUACAAAAUAUAUUCUAAACAUGUUUUAAGAUAUACAGGUUGGUUUUGCAUAGUUAAAUUGUGUGUGGCAGAGACCCAGUUAUAGCACUGUAAAUUAAGAUACUUUCAAUUCUGUAAUGUACAGAGGGCUAAUAAGUGGAAUUAUUCCCUGGGAAAUAUAAUCAGCCAAGAGAAAUUCUCUAGAUUGCACAGAACAAGAAUAAUAGGGGCCUUUAGCCAUGUCAUAGCUCCUAGCAUAAAGAGCUUAUCUAUGCUCUGGUUAUUCUUGGCUAUGAAAUAGCCCUUGGGACUCAAAAUGAGAAGUUUGAGCUCACUCUUUCUUAUGCUUUAGGCCAUGGAGGUCUGUGAGAGGAACAUAAACAGACAGUGCACAUAUUUUGAUGCCUCCCAGACCUAUAGACUUCACCAGAGGCAGAGUCAGAUCUUAGGUGCUUUACUUGCUUUACAUUAAUACUUCAUAGUUCUUAGAUCCUCUUUGAAUUCAACUAUUCUGGUAUUGAUGUUUUGAUGCUAUGUUGGUUCAUUGUUUAACUGCAUUAAAAGAGGGAAAAAACCUUGAACUUCAGA